AUGGAGCAUGAUAUACCUGAAUUGCGGCGACGUCUUGCAGAAGCCGAACAACGCGAAAACGAGGCUAAACAACGCGAAAUCGAGAAACCACCCUUCCAGAGUUCCUCGACGCUUGCCAUGCUCACUUAUUUCUUGGCCUGGGUAUACAAACAAACCCAGACUCGCGAUCCGGCAAAUGCAGACAAUAAGCUUCGCCCAGCCAAGAUCCGGGAGUGGAUGGGGUUCCCACAGGAGCAGACAGCCGUAUAG